AUGUUUCUUCCACCGGAGAUCCUCCUCAGUAUUCUGGAGGAGCUGAAAACAGAUCGUAGUACAUUACAUAAUCUGCGACUCGUCGAUAAAUACUUUUGUCAGGUUGCAACGGAUAUUCUCUUCGGAGAUUUCAGCGUGCACUAUGGAUUCAGGCAUUCAGUCCCUCAGAUGAAGGCUAUCAUCAAUUCCCCGGGAUUACAACCAUACAUCCGAUCCUUGGAUUUGCCGAGCGAGUCUUUUUUUCCGAUUGCAAGGAAUUUCAAAUUGAGAGAUGGUGGAGGCUACAGAUUCCCGUGGUCUCGUGACUUGUCAAAAGAAGUCAACCCACCCGCCCGUCGUCAUUGCUAUGAACAGCAAACGGACUCGAAAGGCUAUCGUGGGUACUUGGAAGUUCCCACCAACAGGAAUGCAACGUUUAGUUUUGGUGUCAAACGAUAUCAAAAUGAAUAUGACAAAUACAUAAAAACCCUAACACAGUUCCUAAAAACCUGUGUGAAUCUACGGACAAUUCAUAUCACAACUGGAUUAGGCUAUGAGGCUGAACGUUCAGAAGCUUGGUGCACGAUGAUCGGAAGCCGGGUGUUCCCUAUAUUGGCGGAACAGGGGAUCAAAAGGCUUGAUAUGUCGUUAGCAUCAGGCGACUGCCUUUUCAAAAUUUUGCAAUGGUACGGCCAGGAUACGGCGAAUGGUCCUAGUCAGAUACCCGUGCUUUCAAGCGUUACGUCCCUAUCUAUCAAAAUCGAUCGCGAAUGUGCCGCAUAUCAUCAAUUAUUUGAUAUGGGUGGACUUAAGAGACUAGACGGCUUUCUCUCCACCCUAUCAAACCUGACUACCUAUUCAAUAGGAAAUACAGAGUUAAGGCAACGAUCAAUAGAACUUCUGCCUACACAGUACACGCAACAUAACAUAACCUCCCUCACCCUGAGUUGCAUGUACUUAGGCGAAGAGACGUUUGACAAAUUCAAGUCUUCGAUUUCGUCGAUGCGGUUACUAACAAAUCUAACACUGGACACCAUCGCUCUCAGUUCAUCGGCGGAAUUUCAGGUAGACGACUACCCCGAACGAAAGCUUCCCAAAGCCAUGUCUUCACCUUCGCCCCCCGAAGCUUCUGCCUCACAAUUCUGCCUCUUUGACAGCAGUGAUGACUUGGUCAAUCCGUUUGGAUCAACUUAUCACCCUCCAACCAAUUUUAGUUUUGAUUUUGAUUCAUUUCUCAAUCCCCCAUCGAGGACGAUAACUGCGUAUGAACUCAAAAACUUUUCCGGCCUCUGGAAAGCCACCUUCACUAUGCUUCGAGAACGGCUGACCAAGCUCACCGAAUUCUCCUUUAAACGACUGGUAUAUACUACCCCGCGCCCGAUCGGUGGACGGAGUGCUCUACUGUUUAUCCCAGUCCAAGACCGGGAAGACUACAACAGAAGGGAUUUCCAGAAGUUCGCAAGAGGCACAUACAAUAUGGAGCUGAUCAGCACUCUUGAGAGUGAUUAUCUCGCCCUAGAAAGCCUUAGAAAUGAGGUUAACGAGCGGAGACACAAGUGCGGGUUAGUCGAGCUGAAAUGCGAAUCUAAAUCCGAGGGUUUUGGGGAGACAAACUCAGAAAAUGAUUCCGACCGUUUGAGCGAAGAAAUCCCGGGGUUUGAACAUCAAACGAAGGAUAAACGAAUUAUCCUACUUCGGUAUGAUAGUGUGUGGAAUGAUACUUCUUUGGAGACACCUGGUAUUAUCCCACCUACCAGGGAUAUAGAUUUACAGUAUUGGACGGUGUGGUAA